AUGCAGAUAGACGGAAAGUUCCCAGAGCAGAGCGCUCCACCCCGGGACCGCGCCUUACAGGAGGGGGGUGGAGCGGGGGAGGGUGAGACAACCACCUCACACUCACAGGUGCGAGAGGAGGGGCCGCCGGGGCAGAACAACGCCACGCCGCGUUUGCGCCACAGACACAACAGAAACCCGCACCGCUUCUACACGAGUUUUAGGAUUUGUCGUCAUAUACAACAUGAUGCCUACAUCAUCAACAGCAGUCUGCCUUAA